GAUAAUUAAUCGGUCAUCUCUAAUGCGGCUGUCAAAAACGUGCAAACGCAGAACUUUAUUUAAAAAUUGUUAACUUAAUAUUCUUAAAUAAAACAAUGGGUAAGGACCGCGGAAGAGGUCAGCGAAAAUUUCACUCCAAGCCAUACAACAAAAAUAAUUGGCGGGGCCAGAAAAAGGAGCGUACCGAACGUCAACCGCGGCAAGGCAACAAGCCUCCAUUUCAGCAAAAAGCCACACUGCGAGAGCACGAGGUUGGCAUUACGGAAUUUACAAAUCCCGAGGCUCCUGGCUUUACCGGCAUUCUCAAAUCAAGAUUUUCCGACUUUCACGUCAACGAAAUUGAUGCCGAUGGUCGUGUGCUGGUCCUAAAUGAUACCACAGUGCCUAAGGUGGCAAUUGAACAUGUGGAGCCCGAAGAAUUAGCAAAAUGGCGCGAGGAGUUGGAAUCUGUCACAGGACCUGAAGUUUGGCAAAAGAUAGUCAAGUUGGCCGAGGCCAAAUACGAUGCAACAAGUGAGCAAAAAAUAGAGAUUGAUGCCACCAAAUUGGACAAAGAGCAGCGCACUCGAAUACAUCAGACCUUGAAACAAUUGUACAAAGGCAAACUAGUGUCUACCACUGUGGCGCAGGAACCGGCUAAGCCGGAAGAGCAACAAGUGGCAGCAGACGUAGAGGGAAAAAAGAACAUUCGCAUAUUAAAACCUAAGCCAGGACGAAGCGACAAUCGGUGGAACUUUCCAACAGAGUUUGUGAGCUUUUUGGUUCAUAAGACCAAUAUAGAUACCAGUGAGGUGGCCGCCAUUCUUGCCAGUCGACUCAACCUUCGUCCAUCGCAGGUCAAUUAUUGUGGCACGAAGGAUAAGCGUGCCAAAACCACCCAAAGCUUUUCAAUUAAACGCCGUACACCCGAAAACAUUGUUCAGGCAGCUCGUUCCAUUCGAAAUGUUCACAUUGGCAACUUUAGUUUCAUACAGGCAACUCACAAGUUGGGAGAUCUGCAGGGCAAUCGUUUUCGUAUCGCUUUGCGCCACAUAGCCAAAGAACGACGUGCCGAUAUUGAGUUAUCGCUCGAGUCGCUGAAGCAGCGAGGAUUCAUCAACUAUUAUGGUCUUCAAAGAUUUGGCAAUAGCUCCUCAGUGCCCACCUAUGAAGUUGGUGUGGCCCUUCUAAAACGUGACUACAAGCUGGCCUGUGAGCUGAUCCUAAAGCCGCGUGACAAUGAUGUGGAAUUCAUGCGAUCCAUUAGACAAGAGUGGUGGGAGAAACGCGAUUCAGCGGCUGCAGCAGAAAAGAUCCAUGGCGACAAAUUUAUCGAAAAGAAGAUUUUGGAUGGUCUGGCCAAGUUUGGAGAGCAUGAUUAUGCAGCAGCCUUAAGGCAGAUUCCCAGAAAUAUGUUGCUGUUGUAUCCACAUGCCUAUCAGAGUUUCAUUUUUAAUCGCAUAGCAUCUAGAAGGAUUAAGGAAUUUGGUUUGAAGCUAAUACCAGGAGAUCUAGUCUACGCCGAUCAGGAAGACUCCAUUAUGGAAGUGGAGGAGAAAAUUGAAGCACCAGAUGCUGAAAACGUUGACGAAGACGUUUCAAUGGAGGAGGAGGAAUCGGCUUUUAAGCGCAAAGUGAAACCGAUUAACGAAUCGGAUAUAGCCAGUGGUAAAUAUAAACUCACUGAUGUAGUUCUGCCCCUGCCAGGACAUGAUAUAACCUAUCCUAGCAAUGAUUCUGGUCUAUGGUAUGAGCAAAUGCUGAAUGAAGUUGGACUAUCAUCAGAGUUAUUGAAGCACAAGGAUAAAACUUAUGCCCUAGGAGGAGCCUAUCGCAAAUUAAUCAUUCAACCCGAAAAUUUGAAAUGGAAUUUUCGAUUCUAUCAAACCCCAGAAGAUACCUUAAUUGCAUCCGACUGGGAGCUGCUUAAGAAAAUUGAAACAACCUCGGAGCCAUCGAUAGCGGAAGCCAAGUAUAUGGCUCUGAUAUUGGAAUUCUCAUUGCCCACGGCUGCCUAUGCUACCAUGUUACUGCGAGAAUUAUUCAAACAAGACACAUCCACAGCCACACAAAUGCAAUUGGAACAUGAGGCAAUGAUGAGUAAGGAAGAAGAAAUAGCUAAAGGAAAAGAGGAAUGUGUAAAGGCGGAUGCCAGCCUGACACCCACACCCACACCCACACCCACGCCAACAACAACAACACCCACUCUCGCGCCCAACCCCUCCAGUGCCAGUGAUGCCGCCAACGCUACAGCCGCCUCUUCCCCUGCUGCCGACCCCACAGCCACGGCCAGUGCCACUGAGCUGGCGUCGAAUUGAAUGUAACCAAGAAAAUCAAUAUGCUCAGGGAAAUCAAUUUUACUUCACAAACCAACCACAACAAUAACAAUGCGCACGUGAGGGGGCGCGCUGUUUUCUCUCUCGCGCGCGCUAUACUCUCUGUUUCUGGCUCUCUCCGUAUUUACUCUCUCGCUUCCUCUCGUCGUAGCCUCUGCCACUGGCAGGAGUCAGGAUUCAUUCGUACGCUGGCAAGCAAAGCGUUAGCUUUGGUCGCGCUGCACCAAGUUUCCCUCCCAUCCAAAAUCCGUAUAGAACAACAACAAAAAGAAAAAGCGAGUGUGUUUCCAAAACUAAAUGUUUAUAACAAUUUCUCUAAACACGAGCAAUAUUCAAAUAAUAAAACGUGCAUUUGAUUUAUA